AUGACGGAUGAACCAUACUGUACUCUUUCGUAUUAUUCGUCAUUUAAUGAUGAAAAUCAAUAUGAAAAACCGAAUAUAAAUUAUACUACAAAUCCUUAUUCAAUACCAAUAGUAUCACUGACAACUGAUAUAGAUUCAAAAAAGAAACGAAUACGUCGAUCAAAACAUAUUCCACAUCAUUUACGACCUCAACAUAUUGUUGAAAGACGUGAACGAAGACGUGUACAAGAUGUUAAUCAAGCACUUUUACCAUUUAAUACAAAUAAUAAUAAAGAUCAAUUAAAUUCUACUCGUAUAUCAAAAGUUCGUAUGCUUCGUAAAAUUGUUGCUUAUAUAGAAGCACUUCAAAAUAUAUUAAAUGAAACAAAUUAA